UCAGCUCUCUGCUCUGCAGCCUUCUUGUUCCCUCCUCCUCUUCCUCCUCUUCUUCCUAGGACUGCUGCUGCUGGCUCUCUACUAACUCAUAAAAUAUUGCUCAGCUGUGUCGCUGCCUCCAGCCAGUUCCUGCACCAGCCAACAUGUCCGUCGAGGCAGAGUUCAAGAAAGUGGCAGACGAGGUGAAAAAGGUGAAAACGCAACCUGCAAACGAUGAGCUGCUCAUCCUGUACGGUCUGUAUAAACAGGCUAUAGUCGGGGAUGUUAACACCGAUAGACCUGGCCUGCUGGACCCUACAGGAAAAGCAAAGUGGGAUGCUUGGGAAUCAAGGAAAGGAAUGUCCAAGGAAGAGGCGAUGUCGACCUACAUUACACACGCCAAGGAGAUUAUUAGCAAAUAUGGGCUGUAAACUUUGAGAUAAUCUAAUGAGGCCAAGCUAAUGGAAGGCUAGAGGAAAAUUACAAAAUCGGUUACUAAAACAGAGCUGCUAUUUGCCUUCUAUUCCCAGAGGCCAUAAUUAUUCCUUAAUUUGAGGUUGUUGUUUUUUUUACAUAUUUUUUUCCUAAACUAAUACAAAUAACCAACUGCUAUGCAACUAUAAUAGUCAUAUAUCUGUGGAAAUUUAAUGUACUUUAAGAAUUCACUAAUUUGUAACAUGGAUAAAAACCCCAGAUCAAAUGCUGUUAAAUGUGAACAAAUAUAGAAAUUAAAUGACUUUGCCCUGUUUGUGAA